AGUCCACAGACGCGCUUCAGAGCUGCUGCACUUGUGCGGAAGAGUGGAGGGAUUGUGACAUUCCACGUCGUGUUUUCACCUGUUUAACUAAAACCAUAAAGAUGUCCACCAAGGAUAAGCUCAUUAGCCAUGUGAUGAAGGAGGAGCCUAUUGGCUGCAGGAACAAGGUGACAGUGGUGGGCGUCGGCAUGGUGGGCAUGGCCUCUGCCGUCAGCGUACUGCUCAAGGACCUGUGUGAUGAGAUGGCUCUGGUCGAUGUGAUGGAGGACAAGUUAAAAGGUGAGGCCAUGGACCUGCAGCACGGAGCCCUCUUCCUCAAGACGCACAAGAUUGUAGCCGACAAAGACUACAGUGUGACGGCCAACUCCAAGGUGGUGGUGGUGACCGCUGGUGCCCGCCAGCAGGAGGGCGAGAGCCGUCUCAACUUGGUGCAGCGCAACGUUAACAUCUUUAAGUUCAUCAUCCCCAACAUUGUCAAAUACAGCCCCAACUGCAUCCUGCUGGUGGUCUCUAACCCAGUGGACAUCCUGACCUACGUGGCGUGGAAGCUGAGUGGGUUCCCCCGCCACCGUGUCAUCGGUUCAGGCACCAACCUGGACAGCGCCCGUUUCCGCCACCUAAUGGGAGAGAAGUUCCACCUUCACCCUUCAAGCUGCCACGGCUGGAUCAUCGGAGAGCACGGAGACUCCAGUGUGGCCGUGUGGAGUGGCGUGAAUAUCGCUGGAGUUAGUCUUCAAAGCCUCAACCCAAAAAUGGGGGCUGAUGAUGACAGCGAGAACUGGAAGGACGUGCACAAGAAGGUGGUUGAUGGGGCCUACGAGGUUAUCAAGCUGAAGGGCUACACUUCCUGGGCGAUCGGUAUGUCUGUGGCGGACCUUGUGGAGAGCAUCAUAAAGAACUUGCACAAGGUUCACCCCGUCUCUACACUUGUCCAGGGCAUGCACGGUGUGCACGACGAGGUCUUCUUGAGCAUCCCCUGUGUUCUGGGAAACAGCGGCCUGACAGAUGUCGUCCACAUGACCCUGAAACCUGAAGAGGAGAAGCAGCUGGUGAAGAGUGCCGAGACCCUGUGGGGCGUGCAGAAGGAGCUCACCCUGUGAAGAGCUCAGCUUUGAAUUCUCCAGGUGGAUCCCCACCCCCACCUUCUGUGUCCCUUGCAGCGAUGGGUGAAAGAGACUUCAGAAUAUCACAAAGUGCAUGUAGCUAAACCGAUCAAAGCUAGGUGUUACACGCUGAUAUUCACUCAGAUCGUUUUCCUUUUCCACCUCCCCACCUGUCCUCGUCUGUCUGCGAGUGAAUAUUUAGACUCUUACAUUAGUCUUUAAGGUCAGCCUGUUUUAGAGCGCACAUGCACUCUCUGUUGAAUGUUCUCAAGAUCUUUGCAUUUUGGAUCCAUGUACUUUGUUAUUGUCAUUGUGUACUAUUGCUGUCGUCCCUGUACACUUGGUGUGCAAUAUAUAUAUAUAUAUGUGGAUUUUACUAUUUAUCCUGCAAUCUCUGUUCAAAAGAAGCAAAACAGAGACAUUCCAUUCUCUACCAAGGAAGAGCCAGUCACAAGAACACUGCCACGUGUUGGGUAUUACUGGCAAAAAUCCUGUGAUACUCAAGUACAUCCUGUCAUCUAGCCAGGAGCCAGUGGAGACUAUAUAGUAUUUUUACCAAGAGUCAAGUUUUAAGUCAUCUGUCCUAAGAUUAUGCAUCAGAGUCCCCUAGUAUUUUCUUUGUCACCCAACAGAUAAACUAUAUUGUCAUUUAUGAAUAGUAAUGCAGAGACAGCAAAUAUAAUUAUUUUACAACACAAUAAUCUACAGUACUGUAUCGCUUACAGAGAAACUAUAGUUGUCAUGGCAAGAGUAUUUUUAUUUGUCGCAUCAAAUAAACCUGCCAGAGUAAUGA